AUGCAAACCAAACUCUUCGUGGCUCUGCUCUUUUUCCUCGUCACCAAGGUCUUGGCCGGUGGCUACCAGGGAGCGCUAGAACGUGUAUGGCUAUUUUAUGCCUACCAAAUUGACGGACUCAAUGAACCAUCAGACCAGACUCUCGGGUGGAAGUGCCUCAAGUGGGAUACUGUCAAGGAAGAAUGCAAGUCCAGCAAGAAAGGCAGCAACGGAUGGGUCAUGUGUAAAGGGACUGCACCUGGGAAACGGUGUACUUUCAGCGAGCUCACCAACUUCCUCGGCGGCACAGGUCGCACCGAAACAUUCAUGGCCGAUAGCAAAGGCAACACUUUACCCCUCACAGACACACAUCCUGACCCAGAGGAGACUGCAAAGAGGGUGCUGACACACUACUUGGCCACGCCCAAAGGCAACGUUCAAGAUUGGGCAGGGUACAAAUUCAUUCUUGCUGGGAAGGACAAUUAUGUGAACAGCCUCAGAAAGGUCGCAAGUGUAGUGACGAAGGCCGGGAGCGAAGGGAAAAACACGGGUACAAACAAGGCAUUCUUCGAGAUGUUCGCAGCGACAACGACGCAGAUCAAGAACGCCAGAAUAGGAGAUACUGGUCCUUAUCUCAUCGCAAGAGCAGAAGACAAGCUACAUCCUCGUGGUAUUACGGUGUACACUGAGAGCAUCAGCCCUGGCCACAGUCCUGCCGAUCCUACCAGAAUCUGGAAGACUGUUGAUUGGGAAAAGACCAUGUCUCAAGCAGUGGCCUCGGGCAAGUUCACUAAAGGUCAGAUAAUGCAGAUCACAGCCCAGGUGAGGUCUGAUUACUACAAGGAUACAACAGACACGAGAGCCAACGAGCACCGGGUGGUCAUCAAGGCCUUCAAGACUGCGGAGACCAAGGCGAAAGGAUGUCUGUGA